AUGAUACUAGAACCUUUUUAGAAAUUAUUGUUCUUUAUGAUGUUUGUUUAAGCAUAUAGGAAACAUGCACUUACAAACGAACGCACAUUUGACUUUGUAGUUCAUUAGAAAUGUUGUUACGUGAGCAUGCCCACGGAAUCGGUCUACAUGUUAAUUUGUGUGGAGCUGUUAGGCUUGAAACCCUUUUCGAACUGUCAAAAAGACGUAAUGCAUUGAGUACUCCGGCAACACUACCUGAAUUUAGCGAAAAACUUAUCCCUAAAGCCCCAUAUUCCCUGAAGAAAUUCACAGAUUUACUCGAAAUCAUAACGCCUCUGAUUUCUGGAAAAAAAGAGGAUCUAGCACGUGUUUGUAAUGAAUUUGUUGAAGACUGUGUAAAACUUGGUGGAUUGUGUUAUGUGGAAACAAGAUUUUGUCCAUUUACUUUAACUGGUCGUGAUUUUAAUGCAGAGGAAGUUUUGAAAACAAUCUUAGAUUCAUUUGAAAGAUCUAGCAAGAAGUACAACACAGAAGUUCGUUCAAUUCUAACAAUUAUGGGAAAUGCACCGAAGACAGCUAAACGAACUUUAAAUUUAGCCAAAAGAUAUCAGACACAUGGAGUUGUGGCUAUAGAUGUUGUAGUGUUUAUAAGACUAUUGGAAAAUAUUGAUUAUGGAUGUUAA